GAUCCAGUGGGAAUGGUGUUAGUACACAACGCGGUGGCAGGUUUUCGAAGAAUCUGGAUUAUUGGAUAUAUUUACCUGGCAGAUAUAUUUAAGAACGCAGAAAAGGAUCUUUCGCCUCAUUUAAGGGCACCCUGUGUCUGUGUCUUGCCUCUCAGGAUGUCUAGCGUGGUGAUGCUGUAAUAAAGAGGACCAUCUAUAGACAGCAGCUCGGCCAGUUGAUCACCAUGCCUCACUUAAGUGUCAGUCGCAGCUCGAACUGUAGCCCCUUCUGGCUCAUCUGUGUCCUUCUGGGCCUCUCAGCUGCACACGCUCAUGCCAAAGAUGUUCUCAGUGUACCCCAGCAGGUGAGCCUGUCAGCUGACAUGUAUACACAGCAACUGUCCAUAUCGUGGUUCGGAGGAGCAGCCUCAACCUUUGACCUCAUGAUUCUAAGAACUGAACUUAAUGAAACUGUUGUCUAUGAGACGGUGUCUGCGACGGUGAAUCAGGAGAGCGGUCGGCACCAGUGGAACUGGACCUCAGUUGAGCCUCUGGAGUGUACCUCGCUGUCGAUCAAAAUCCGCUCAAGAGACGGACAGACAACAAGCGAAUGGAGCAACACUCAGAUACUUCAAGGAAACGAUCUCCCCAGUAAUGCCAAGUUCCAGGCGUACCCUCAAGACAGAAUUGUACCCGUGGGGGCGAACACCACCUUUUGUUGCAUUGUGGAGGAAGGGAAGAAGUUUGGUUCCAUCCACUACGGCAGCACAGUUGUUAACGCGACACGGCUGAGCAGACGAAGUUACGCCACUACAGUGGUAAAUCAGGGACCGUCCAGCAAGACUGGAACAAACAUCAUCUGUUACGACGACCCCAAGAGAAAACUGACUGGAGCAGUGGUGUUUGUUGGAUAUCCACCGCUGCCCAGUGAUUUUGUGUGUGAGACUAAUGACUUAACUUCAGCCGUGUGCCAGUGGAACAAAGGACGAGACACAAACUUGUACGGCAAACGAGGAACACGCUACUUGUUGAACAACAGGGCCUGUACUUUGAGCCGCCUGCCGGAGAAACAGAUGGAGUGCCGCGUGGCUCAGUGGGAGGGUAACUGGACACUGGUAGCUGAGAAUACUCUUGGCCAGUACAGCCUCACUGACUCUGCAGAGCUCAGCCACAGAGUGCAUCCAGUAGCACCAGGUAAACUGAACUGUAUUAUCCAAGCCUGGAACGCCACUCUGCUGUGGCAGUGGAAAUACGACAGCUACUCGUCUCUGGCUCUUGUCUGUCAGGUAGAGCUCACCUGCCUUGGGUACAAAAUAAAGCGUACCUUCUCUGGUGUGGGUCUGCGGUCGGUGGCUCUAUCAGACCUGCAUCCUGAUGAGGAUUACAGUGUUCAAGUCCGCUGCGGUGCCCAGAAGAAUUUCUGGAAGUGGGGGAACUGGAGCGAACCACUUUCCUUCAAAACAAAAACUUAUGUUCCGGAUGCUCCUGAUGUGUGGAUGUGGAUGAACAAAGACUACACCGGGCAGGUCAUUUGGAAGCCUCUGACACGAACACAGAGCCAUGGUCUGAUCACAGGCUAUGAAGUUACUCUAUGGAGCCCUGGAGAAAAAUUACAGCACACGAAAACCGUUUCAGCGGAUACUUCUGCUGUACCAAUCAACCUCACACAGAUCACUACCCUCAGCGGUGGCAACAAGUUAACAGCAACUGUCAUCGCAAAGAACGCUGAUGGGGUGUCGCAACCUACAAGUGUACUUAUACCUCUACAUUUGACAGAUGUGGAACCACUUGCUGUCUCCAGGGCAGUUUAUACAGAGAGAGGUUUCCCUCUGUUCUGGCAGAGCGAUGCCAACGCCACCUGUGGUUACGUGGUAGAAUGGUGUGAUGCUACCUGCAAGCGGGACUGUCCUGUGGAGUGGAUCAAGGUGGCCGCUGAAAGCACUAACGUCUCCAUUGAGUCAGACAACUUCCAGCCGGGUGUGAGGUACAACAUUUCCCUGUACAGCUGCUCCUCAGAGGCCCCAGAGCUGCUGCAGCGCUGGCAGGGAUACAUGCAGGAACUGGUCCCCUACAGCUCUGUCCCUCUGUCAACCACGCAGCAGAACUCUGAUAUUCUCCUGACCUGGGGAGAGAUCCCGCUGGCCAACAGACGAGGCUUCCUCCUGGGCUACAACAUUUACAUCAGCAGUGGCUCCCAGCUCACACUUCUUGCUAAUCUGACAGAUCUAGGAAGCAGGAGCUACACAGUAAAAGAUCUCUCUGAAGGCUCCUAUAAAUUUACUGUCAAGGCCUACACUUCAGCAGGCGAGGACACAGGCGCCACUGCCUCCAUAACGCUGGAGCCAUACACUGAUUGGCUGAUCCUGGAAAUCUUGGCGUCCCUGGGAAUCACAGCUUUAUUCCUGGUCUUUGUCACCUUCAUUUGCUACAAGAAAAGGAAAUGGGUGAAGAAGGCGUUUUAUCCAGACAUACCUGAGCCCAAGCUGCCUGGUGAUUGGUCAAGGCCACAGCAGGGGCCGUUGGAUGUGAAGCCAUCUCCUCACAGUUUGGUCCAUAUGGUCGAAAGACCCGAGUGGGAUUCUAGUAAAGAAGUGCUCGUCGUUAUCCCUGAAGAAGAUGAGGAUGAAGAAGAGCAGGGGAUGGGAGACGAGCCAGUCGACACAGAUGAGCCAACGUCAUUGCGCUACUACAACCAAGUGGUAGAUGAGCGGCCCAUAAGACCACGUUUCCCAGACUCCUCUGAUUCUUCUGCAUCCUCUUUGGAUUCAGCACGCACUGAUGUGACGUACACAGGGAUCCAGACAUCAGGGUCUUCUCUGGUCUUCCAGUUGGAUCCACCGGGCUCUUCUGAGGGCCACCAACCUCCGGCUGAUCUGUCUGUCUGCAGCGGUGGAGGUUACCGGCCCCAGAUGCAAAAUAGAGCCCCAAGUGAUGACUUAGUUUCUCCAGAGCCUUUCCUAGAGCCUCAGGAUGCCAGUGCUGGGGGCUACAAACCCCAGUGCUCCUGGCAUAUGGACUCCCCUGUGGAGGCGGGGGAAAGUGGCGGCCUUGCACCCUCGCUUGGAUCCCCCACCUCAGUUGCUUCCACUCAGUUCCUCCUCCCUGAUGGAGAGGAACAUGCAGAGGAGAAACGACAGCUGUCGUCAUCAGCAGCAACCUGGUUCACCAACCUGCUGUCAUCAACAAAACCGUGAUAUCAUCUCACUCUCACUACUAGCAGCCAGGCCGGGGGGGUCACAUAAGACCUCCAGAUACAUUACUGUUACCAGUGCAUCAGACAAGCAUAACCCAUAUGGUCCAUGUAAAUAUCCUCUCUGACCUAGCACUACACUCUUACAGUUGCACUUUUACAGCAGGUUAAUAAUUCUAUUUGAGGUUUCAAACAUAUAGAAAUACAUAUAUAGUUAAUUAUAUCUGCCAUACAAAUAACAUAGAAUCUGUAUAUUUAUAAAUCAAAACAAUUUUAUUCUGACAGCAAAUCUCUCAAAUGAUUUCUUCAUACCUCUCUGUUCAAUCAUAUUUACUGAACCCCCCGGCAACCUGGUGGUGUCCCCUUACUGCCUUGUCUGUGACUCUCUACAAUGGGCAUUUAGCAAUGGCAUAUCUUGUUAUUUUUAGUUGAGUUUAUCCAGUUUUUAGCUUGCAUUUCACAUGUUUUUAUGUAUUUUUUGUGUCGUGAACUUGCCUACACUACAGAAGAAAACUGAAAGCAAGAAAGUUUCAAACCAAAUGACGGCACAAUAAAAGCUAAGGACAUUUUUUGGGAGAACACUACAAAUGAAAAGUUUCAAAAGAGGGUAGCUAAGGAGACUGAAUACCUCUGUUUACAACAUCCAUGUCUUCUGCUGGUCCGCCAUUGGGAUUAUCUUGCCUGUUUCAUUACAGCUGAUGAGCUACUGAAAGGAAGAGAGGCGUAUGGUUGUAAAUAAAAAUGAUUUUAAAGGUAUGAACAGAUGGCACUCUCCUGGAUCGAUACCAAGUAGCUCCUAUACUUACAGACUUAAUCUAUUUUUCAGAAAUUACAGUCUGAGCAGUGAGAUGUCAAAAGAAAACAGUCAUUAUUUUACAGAUACAGGAGUGGUGCUGUCUGUUACGGUCUGGAAUUAUGUGGCUAAUGAGCCUGUGGAUAUAUACACUGAUAUAAGCUAGAACAUGAAUACAAACUGAUGUAAUUUAAUGAACAAACACACUAUGAUGAUACUGUUUGGUGUUUUUGUUGUUUUGUCUUCCUUAAAGGGGAACCUCACCUAUUUUUAAAAUUCAUACACGUUAUUCCUGUGGUGUAAGAUGGUCCAAAAAUAUUAGCAAAAAUCAACAACUCUCUCCCAAAUCCAAAAACUGGAGAAAUAAAACUCCAAUUUGUGAUGUCAUUUGAUUUAAAGUGUGGAGCUGCUCCACAGAGGGUGAAUUAAGAAAGAUGUUAUAGGUGACACUGAGAGCUCGGGAUAUUCUGAGUAUUUUUACUUUAGGUGGUGUUCCCCUUUAACCACAGGUUUGUUUUGUUUUGUUUUUUUGUUUGUUUUUUUUUUUAAUUUUUUUGUUCUUGUUACAAAAUGCAUUUCACAGUCAGGCCAGUGCCCUUUUUUAAUGUUGUUAUGUGUUGUGCAUUAUCCUCAAGUUGAUCGGUGUUGAGCAAAUUAUGAGAAUUAGCUUGGGUGAUUUACCACAAUGUUGAAAUUGCCUUGAUAAUUGUAAAGCUCUCAGUCAUUUUCACCGUAUCACCUUUCACACACUGCCUUGCCCCUAAAUGUUAUUUAUAAUGAAGAAGAAUACUGUACAAAAAUGCAGUUCAGAACUAAUCAGAAAUGUAUUGGAAAUACAGAUUCCACUAGCACUGAGCGUAAUGUACAAAGGAUGUCUGUCAUAAUAGAUUUUUAGUAAAUGCUGAAAAUUUUGGUUACUUAAUCAUUUUCAUUAUGUUCCCAUCAGUUCUCUCAGUAUAUUUGUCCGGUUGUGAAGAGUUGUUUUUCUCUUAUUUUCUUCUUUAGUCACUUUAUCUUAAAGCCUAGAGAAAUGAUCAGUAAUGCAUUAGAUUUCGAUUUGCUGUGCUUGAGAUUUAAGUCUACAAUACAUUUAUUUUUUAAUUUUUUAAUGUAAGUAUUUAUCUUGACAUUGCAGAGUUUCCCUGGAGUGUCCUUGUACAUUUUGUUCCUGGAAAAAGGGGCCAUGGGGAAAACAGAUACUGGGAAAUUAUAUAGAAUUUCCAGAAAUGCUAUCACUUUGACAAAAAAGUGUGGGAAUGACCCUGGUCACUCGACAACACUUCAGCUUCUCCAUCAUUGUGUAAAACAAAGGCCACUAAUUGCUCAAGCAGACUCCACCUACUCCAGUUGCUCUCUACUUGUGUGUACAGUGUAGGCGAUAACAAUGCAAAAUUGGCUAGGCUUCCCAAAAGUAUCGUUAUGCAGAGUUUUUUUUAUUUUGGGUAGCCUUAUCUCAUGUUAACCAAGAUGUUUUAUUUUAUCAUAUUUUGCAGAGCCAGGCUCUCGCUCGCCUGUGUGGCAGUGUGUGGUCUGUUGUUUCUCAGUGCCUCCAGCCAACAAGCUUUAAGUAAAACUACUGUGACAUGAAUGACGACUUAGACUAACUAUAUGGAUGGCUUCACUGAUGAACCGAUGACAGGCAGGCAGCCCUCUUUGACUACUGAGAAAAAAUGUAUCUCCUCUUUCUCUUUGUCUUGUAACACUGAUCUGAAUUUUUAUUCGAUGAAUUGGGAAAAUGUAGUGGAAAACUUCACUUUUCGCCCGACAGAUUAAGGAAAGAGUGAACUAACAGUUGUAAUGUGUGAGCAGUGGUCACUUCAAGGCAGUGGGAAAGGGUGGGUAUAGUUUUGGGUAUUCAAACAUGGCUGCAGAUUGUUUUCCUUUGAAGCCUGCUUUAUCAAACAAGCACGGCUUUGGAGACUAACCUAUGAAUGCUAUGUGUUACAUGCUUUUAUGUUGAUGUGGAUCAACAAAAUGACACCUUUUUAAUUUUAUCUUUGUUUUUAUACAACUAACUGUACAUAAUUGUAGUUUUCUUUCAUUUUUUCCCCUUCUUACUAUAUGAAAUAAUACUCCAAAUUAUACAACAGGCAGAGUUUUUUGUUAACUAACCAGUUUUCUUGAAAGAAUAAAGGCAAAUGUUCAUCAGAUAUAUAGAGUCCUAUGAAAUAUAGAGGCAUCACACUUUGAUUGUGUAUUUGUUGUGCGCAUAAACACAUAGAAGUGCGUCUGAAACAUCAUGUCAACUAAAUUAGAAAUGUGAUCCUGUGUUCUUGUUUAAGCCUGCAUUGCAUUCCUAUCUUAUCACUGCAGUGGUACUUUGCCAGAAUCAUUGUAAGUAGGAUGAGAGUAAUCACCAUGCAUACUCAUACAUGGCAGAUGGCAGCUGCUGACAUACGUAUAAUUUUCAGUCCAUUACUUUUUUCCAUUGUCCAUCUACAUUUCUAAUUGGAGCCCAUGUUUACUCUGUGGUACAAAAAGAUUUUGUACGUUAUGCCGCCUUACACAUUUUCAUCUCUGGCCUUUGAUGUUUUUGCAAAAAUCAAUGCAUGUUGUAUAAACUAUUACUACAAAACA